GUCCUUCCAUCCUCAAGAUUCUAAAUGUACCAUGCCUAAAGCCGCCAAACCACUGAAGAAAAAUGUGCAAAGCAAUCAAAAGGUGAAAGGCCAGGAGACUCCGACGACUGUAUCGUCUAUAUGGACACCUUCGCUGAGCUUGGCUACUAAAGCUCUCUGUGUUGCCCGGCUGCUCGCGGCUAUUUACUCGAAUAUAUCUGACUGCGACGAGGUGUUCAACUACUGGGAGCCAACUCACUAUCUGCAAUAUGGAUGGGGAAUGCAGACUUGGGAGUACUCGCCAAAGUACUCUAUUCGCUCGUGGGCGUACAUAUCGCUGCACUCUGCAAUAGGGCGCUUUAUCGAAACUCUCAUAUCUAGGGAGAAGAUCACAGUAUUUUACGAGACACGGGGAGCCUUGGCUUUGGCUUCCGCUUUAUGUGAAGCACAGUUAUACGAUGCAGUUGUGAAAUAUAUUGGACCUCGCGUGGGGAGAUAUCUACUAUUUAUCCUUCUUCUCAACACCGGGAUGUUUAUAUCUUCGACUGCCUAUCUUCCAUCUACCUUUGCUAUGUAUUCCGUCACGUUAGCCACCGCCUACUUUCUCCAACCCCCUGGACGGUUACGCACAUACGCGGUGGUGUUCCUGAUCGGCCUUGGGGCACUCGUUGGUUGGCCAUUCAGUGCCGCUAUUGGUAUACCAUUUGUCAUGGAAGAGGUGCUGUUGUCGGGAAGGUCACUUACGAAAGUGAGACGACUCUUCGGAGCAGGGCUUCUGGCUCUCGUCCUGAUUUUGGGGCCCCUAAUUAUCGUUGAUUAUUACUUCUAUAAUAAGUGGACCAUAGUUCCCCUGAACAUUGUCGUGUACAAUGUUUUCGGUGGAAAAGAUAGAGGACCAGACAUCUACGGAACUGAACCUUGGUGGUUCUACCUGAUCAAUGGUGCUUUGAACUUCAACAUCAUCUUUCCAGCUGCCUUGGCAAGUCUGCCUGCCAUCCUACUUGGCAACCUCAUAGACGGUCGCAAAGCGGCGCCAGAAGGCUCCAAAGCAAACUAUAAUGUAUGGGCUUUGGCGGCCAAAAUGUUGCCAAUGUACCUGUGGUUGGCGAUCUUUACUAUGCAGCCGCACAAAGAGGAACGAUUUCUUUUCGUGGUAUACCCGCUAAUAUGCUUAAACGGAGCCCUCAUGCUGUAUUUUGCUCGGUCUUGGAUAGAGAAGCUGUUUGCUCACUUAACCACCAAGUCCCGUGCAACUGCCAUAUCGUCGUUCUUCACUCGCGUGGUCCUCAUUCUCUUCGCAAUACUGUCAAUCUCGCGUUCACUGUCCCUCUACCUACAUUACCACGCACCAAUGAAUGUCUACCCGCACCUGAAAACGCUUCCAUCAUUGCCGUCGAAUGUCAAUGGGUCAAGCGCACUAGGACAUAUUGCCCAAGAACGCAACUUGUGCGUCGGAAAGGAAUGGUACAGAUUUCCUUCGCACUACUUCCUUCCAGAAGGUGUCAGACUACGAUAUCUCAAGUCGGAUUUCGCGGGACUGCUACCAAAAUACUUUGAGGAGGAAUCCACUCUUGAUGGAAACAAACUCAUAUCGUUGUUGAAAGAGCGGGGGUUGGAAAGUUACAUAUCAGCAUUGAGACAUGGACGACGAUUGACGUCCAAGGAGGUUGAUGGAAUGAAUGACCGGAAUGAAGAAGUCAUGGACCGAUAUGUGGACGUGGGGACAUGCGACUACAUCGUGGACUAUACUCCUCCGACGCAGACACAUUAUGAUCCGACUGCAAGCCAACCUGCGUAUGCUCUUGAUACAAACACUUGGGCAAAACAUCACUGUGCACCUUUCCUAGAUGCCGGACAAACACCAACGCUUGCUCGAGCGUUCUACAUACCUGGACUAAGGGGAAAGGUCUGGGGAGAAUAUUGUAUACUGAAACGUCGUGCUGAGGACCUUGAAUAGAAACUAGUAUCAUCGAGUAGAUAUAUUUUCUAAGAAUGGCUCGAUCUCUCGUAUCAGAAAUGCAGACUCCAGAGCGCCAUCUUCGAGAUUUACUUCGUCGCCAGACGCAUUGUGACCCCGAUCAUUGUAUAUCUUUAAUAGUAGCUUUGGGGUAGCGGCGGAUGGAGCCACGUCCUUCCCAGCAAGUCCGGCGGCAGAGCCAUACACAGUACUAUUCCGCGCCCGCAUUCUCGCGACAUAUUUCAAUGGCUGCCAUAGCGCGACUCGCUGGUCCUGAAGCGAUGCGGUGAUUAAAACUGACGUUUUGAAAUCCGUUGAGCCGGAGUUUGCAAAGGGGAUGCCGUCGUACGGUGCAUAUCCGGCCAUAUACUCAUACACCG